AUGGGGAAGAUUUUUGCUUUUGGUGUCAUUUUAAUUGCGGUGGUUGUGUCUUUUAUUUCAAAAUACAACGAGAAUGGAGCUCCUCCGGUAUCUUUUAACAAAACAUACGACUACAUUAUAGUCGGCGCUGGAUCGGCAGGAUGCGUCCUUGCCAACAGACUUUCGGAAGAUCCCGAAUCCUCGGUACUCAUCGUAGAAGCUGGGGGAUCUGAAGAUGAUAACCCGAUGAUUCAGGUUCCUAUCGCAGCAUUAGCCCUGCAAAAUUCAAAAGAAGAUUGGGCUUUCAGAACCGUUCCUCAGAAGCAGGCAUGCUUAGGACUGAAGGACCAAAGAAGUGCUUGGCCUAGAGGAAAAGUUCUUGGGGGAUCAAGUUCCCUGAACAUAAUGCACUACAUCCGGGGAAGUCGGCACGACUAUGACAGCUGGGCUAGGGAGGGGUGUAAGGGUUGGGACUAUAAAAACGUCCUACCUUAUUUUAUAAAAUCUGAAGAUAAUCAAAUUCUCUCUCUAAAUGAUUCUGAAUACCACGGCAAAGGAGGUUACCUUACCGUCAGUGACGGGUCAGCCACGCCCCUUAUUGCUGUGUACGAGAAGGCAAUGAGAGAGCUGGGAUAUCCAGUGACAGACUGCAAUGGAAAAUCACAGACGGGCUUCUUUUACGGACAAGAGACGGUCAGGAACGGCGAGAGAUGGAGCACAGCUAAAGCUUUUCUCAGACCGGUCAUGCAUCGCUCUAACCUUCAUGUCUCUACCAAUUCACACGUCACCGAGAUUUUGAUGGAAAACAAAACAGCAAUAGGGAUUGCAUUAUCAAGAGAUAAAGUAAAUCACGUGAUCAGAGCAAGACGAGAAGUGAUUGUUUCUGCUGGUGCCAUUAACUCACCUCAGAUCUUAAUGUUAUCUGGAAUUGGUCCGAAAGAACAUCUGGAUUCUCUAGGGAUUCCAGUUGUAAAGGACCUUCCAGUUGGUCAGAAUCUACAGGAUCACAUCUUCUCAGCUUUAUACUUUUAUGACAACUCCACGAAAUCUACAGUUCUUCCUCCAUCUCUUCUGCAAACACUAAGAUAUGCAGUUUUCAAGUCAGGUCCUCUCAGCAAACCCCAUUAUGAGGCGGGCAGCUUCCUGGAAGACGAUAGUACAUUCCCUCCAGAUAUACAGAUGUCAUUUCACGGAAUAUCAAUAACAGAUAUCUCCGGCAUAGACCAGUUAAUAAACACGUUUAAUUUUGUCCCAGAGAUAAGACAAGGUAUUGAAGCGAGAUUAAAAAAACUCAACACCAAAAACAUACUGACCUUCAUGAUAGGCAAUUUUCUUCUCCAUCCAAAAAGCAGAGGAUUUAUUAAACUGAAGAGCAAAGAUGCGUUUGAUCCGCCCCUGAUUGAUCCUAAUUAUUUAGAUCAUCCAGAUGACAUGGAAACAAUAUUAAAAGGAAUAAUGGAAACUCUGAAAUUGGCAAAUACAUCAGCAUUUAGAUCAAUAGGUGCCUCUCCCAAUGACCCCUAUGAAGAGUACCUGCCCCCUUGUAACGAUCUACCGUACCCUUCGGAUGAGUACUGGACAUGCAGAAUUAAGCACUAUACCUACUCCGGUUAUCACCCCACCUCCACCUGUAGAAUGGGGCCACCUGCUGAUCCCACCGCAGUCGUGGAUCCACAGCUUAGAGUCAUUGGCAUACAGAAUCUAAGAGUAGUCGAUGCUUCCGUCAUGCGCAACAUUCCCUCCGGAAAUACAAACGCCCCGACGAUCAUGAUUGCAGAGAAAGCAGCAGACAUGAUCAGAGGAAUUGACAGUGUGAAGCAAAUUAGAAAAGGCACCAACAAGUUAUGAAAAUCGAUUGUUUGUCAAGAAUUACAUGCAUCCAAGAAAGAAAUAGUCCCUAAAUCUAAUUUCAGUGCAGCAGAAAAUAUUACUGUUAA